AUGUUGUGUCGAGCAUUCGAUUUUGUUGCUGCGCAUUUCCGAGCAUGGACUGGUUUCCAAGGGACGUAUUUUCACAUUGCUGGGAUAGAAGGAAAAGGUUCACAUGAAGACGGAACUGUUUGGUACCAAAAGGAUUUGCUUCAGUCAUGGCUUGGGUCAGGUUCCGGUACCACGGGUUUGGGCAUGGCGUUCAAGAAGGCCACAGGAGGCUAG